GGGGCGGCAGGUUGGCUCCUUCUUAUCCAGCAUUUUUUUUCCCUGGGGUAUAAAUUUUAUUUUCUUCUGUGGGCUGAACUGGGCUGGCAGCGAAGACAAAAGCAGAAAAGAAAUGAGCUGACCGUAUUUCUGCACAUCCUGUGGUCCAUGUGGGAAGCAAAGCCACUACAGCUUGCAGCUGGGCAAAUCCCACAAGGCAGUAGCACCAGCUCAUCCACGGCACAUUUGUCAAGAUCGGCUUCUCCUGGAGCAAUCCCCCACAUGGAUCGACUUGAAAAGCAGGGCCUGAAGUCAUCUGUGGCAGGCAGGAGUGGGACCAGCCCUUCUCCCCCAGGCUUCACCAAGAGCCCCAGGAAGCAGGGACCGCUCAAAGGUUCACGCAGGGUCCCUGGGCAAGUCGAAAGAGCCUGAGAUGCCCCCAGAAGGGGUGUUGGCCACAGCACAAGGAUGCAUCUGCUCAGUGCUGCCUUCCGAUCACCCUGUGCCCUGGAAAUGGGAGAAAGCUUGGAAAGACUGCCUGUGAGCUGCCAGAACUCAGUAUCGAAGCCAACAGUCCACAGGAAGGACAGAGGUGUGGGGCCCAACUCUGCAAGAGGGAAGGAGCUACAUCAGGAAUUCAGUAGCCCCAUAUGCCAAGAGGUCGAAACUUCAAGAGUUACAAAUCUCAUCUCCCAGAGCCCUGCUCUGCAGGGAUUGCCGAGCCAAGAGGAGCACUCGAACACAGCUACUUGUGCCCACAACAUCAGAGAUUUCCAAGCCACCUCCCUCAGACGAGCUUCGAACCUCUGACCUGUGCAACCUACUGUGGCCCAGGGCAGGCUCUGCCUGAUGGACAGCUGCCAUUCUCCAUCAUACCUUCCACCGUGCUCCUGACCUCCCUGAAGGCUCUUCUCUUAAGAAACGCAGCCAGCUCCUCACAUCACGGAGGCCCAGCAUGAACAUUAACUGUGCUGGUGGGACAGGCUGGUCAAGAAGUCUGGAGUCCAAUUGCUCUGUGGAAAACAUAGCUGUAGCAGUCCAUGAGUCAGAAGAAAGUGAUGUGGUGCUAGGAGGUCACAGCCCCUCUUCAGGUCCGAGGUCUGAGGGUUUAGAUCCCGAAUGCCGGCACACUGCUUGCCUGGUGAGUCCCCAGAUCAGUAGCAUGUUGUCUGCCUCUGAAGACACGCACAACUGUCAUUUCCAAGACGGUAAUAAAAGACAGCCAGAAUAUUUUAAUACACAGGAACGCCACGGAGGCAGCACUUUGUCUUCAAGCAUUAGUUCACAAACACAGGCUCCAGAGAAAGUGACACUUGUGGUAGAUGGCACUCGAUUUGCAGUGAAUCCACAGAUUUUCACUGCUCACCCUGAUACUAUGCUGGGAAGAAUGUUUGGACCAGGAAGAGAAUAUAACUUCACCCGGCCGAAUGAAAAGGGAGAAUAUGAGAUUGCAGAAGGAAUUAGCUCAGCUGUGUUCCGGACCGUGCUGGAUUAUUACAAAACGGGGAUCAUCAACUGCCCUGAUGGGAUUUCAAUCCCAGACCUUCGAGACACAUGUGAUUACCUCUGCAUCAACUUUGACUUCAACACAAUCAAAUGUCAAGAUCUAAGUGCUUUGCUACAUGAGUUGUCCAAUGAUGGUGCUCACAAGCAGUUUGACAGCUAUCUGGAGGAGCUGAUUCUGCCUAUAAUGGUGGAUAGUGCCAGGAAAGGGGAACGCGAAUGCCAUAUUGUCGUGCUGACAGACGAAGACACAGUGGACUGGGAUGAAGAUCAUCCACCUCCGAUGGGAGAGGAGUACUCACAAAUCCUUUACAGUUCCAAGCUGUACAGAUUCUUCAAGUACAUUGAGAAUCGCGACGUUGCAAAAGCUGUAUUAAAGGAACGGGGUCUGAAAAAUAUUCGCAUUGGCAUUGAAGGAUAUCCCACCUGUAAAGAGAAGGUGAAGAGGAGGCCUGGUGGCCGGUCAGAAGUGAUAUACAACUAUGUUCAACGGCCGUUCAUCCAGAUGUCGUGGGAAAAGGAAGAGGGCAAAAGCCGUCACGUCGACUUCCAGUGUGUUAGGAGCAAGUCUCUAACAAACCUGGUCACUGUGGGUGAUGAUGUUUCCGAGGACCACGAGAUACUAAUGCAUCACCCCCCACAGGUAGAUGAACUGGACAGGCUAAACGCACCAUUCUCCCAAAUGGCUGUUAACGAUCUACCAGAUUAGUCAUGGCUCAGGGCAGAUAGGCCUACUUGAUCUGGAAACAUCUCGGCAUAGUUUCGUCCCAGGUGAUGGAACACGAACUCCUGCAAGGUGAUUUAUCCUUGUUCAUGCUCUUACUACAUUGUCUUAUUUCAAGCAUGUUAAUAAAGAGCCACACUCCUUAGCCUAACUGUGCAAUCAAAAGCAACAUCUCCUCAAACAGAAAGAAAUGAUGCUGUUUGCUUCCACUACGAACGCUUCCAGAUUGGUGGGUGCUGAAUCUUUUAUGUAAACUUCUAAAAGAAGAGCAGAAGUAUUUAGAAUCUCCUUGUUUGAUAUGAGAGAGGAAAUUCCAGGCCUCUCAAAACAAAGCUUUCUUUUACCUUUAGGCACUUAGGUUUGCUUUUGUGAUAAUCAGUUACAAAGGACUGAACAUCAAAGCAAGACAGAUGACACCUUUUCAUCAACCAGCAGAAAUGUAGCACCAUUUUGACAGCAAAAUACGGAGUGUGGGGGAAUCUGUUUACACUGCCACCUGGCUUUGCAUCCAGUGUGUUGUACUGCUGUUCUCGGGAAAGAUGGAACUAGUUUAAUAGGAAGCGUGUGCCUGCUCACAGGAAUUUCCCCAUAUAUACUUCUGCAUAGGAGGGAAUGGCACUGUUUUUAGGGAUAUUGUUUCUGUUAAAUUCAGUAAAACAAGCAAUCAUGCUGAAGGAAAAAGCCAAAAAAAAAAAAAGACUGUAGUUGAUAUUUUACAAGCUAAGUAAAUCUGUUUAGUAGCGAAAUAGAUGUAAGAAGCUCUCUAGAGGUGACUGUGCAUGUUAAAGACUUGCAGUUUUCUUCUCCAUCCCCCUGCUAAGACAAAAGCCAGUGGAGGAGCUCUCUGUACAGGCAGGGUAAUAGCCAAGUAAAACCCUUGGUCCCAUCAGCCUUAGUCAAAGUUCCUACUGACUUUCCAAGGAGUGCUCAACUCACAGGGCCUAUUGCAGCUUUGAAAGGCCAGCUACUUUCUUCCCAGUUUGGAACCCAUUGGAUCAUUUUGCUGUCAGGCAGGUAAGAAAUAUCCAUAAUAAAGCAGCCUUCAACAGGGAAAACGCAUGUAUCUGGGAACAGCUCUCCUCUGCUGCUCUGAAUAUAUUAUAGUCUGCGGUAAUGGCUUUGUUCACUUUGGAUUCAGGGCCAAAGGAGCUGUGACCACAAGUAUGUGAUGUAGUAUAGGCCUCUUCCAGGCUGGUUUAGCUCAGCUAGUUAUCGUAGAGACUAGCUGGUCCUGCUCCUGCAGUAUGAAGUUUCCUGUAGACUUGCUUAACCCAUCGAUUAGCACACGGUGUUCAGUGCUGCCAGGUUAACUGGAGGGGGCCUGCCUUACACAGCUAUCAUUUCUGAUGGCAGUGCAGAUUUUCUGUACCCAAAGUAGAGUUAUAACCAACUUAGCCAUGAUGCUGGUGCAAGGAAAAUUUGAAAGCCUUAAAAACAAAUACAUAAAAGGAGAGAGAGUGUUCCCAUGCAAAGUUCCCAAGUUUAGGUCAGUUCUGCUCUUGCAGUUGACCGCUGUUAAAACCUGUACCAAUUAGACAUCGAGUUACCUGGUCAUGCUUAGCAAAAUAGAGGCAGGUUAUCAGUCUGCCCCUAAAUAUUUAAUCCUUUGUUGUCAGGGUUGCUUCAUCAAGCAGGUUUUCAUUGUUCUUUAAAGAUCUGUCUCCAAAGUGCAAGAUAGACUUAAUAGUGAAGAUUAUUACUGUUUUGGUGCUAAGAACAUUUGUUUUUCUCCAUGUAAGUAACAUGGCAAUAUCAAGCACAAGUUACCUUAACGAUUUAUGAAUGCUACUUUAGUUAAAAAGCAAACAAAACCAUCUCUGCCAGUGCAUACACUUGCUGAUAUAUUCAGUUCCCAUCUGUAUGGGUUCAGGUUACAUUAUUUGCAAUGUUUCUGUUCUCAGCUUUUUUACUAAGUGCAGCAAAUAGAUCUCUUCUUUUUAUAAGUGCCUAUGGGAAGAUUUCCAAAAGUGCUUAAGGCCUGACCGAGUGUCCAAGGAGUUUAGAUGCCCAGGUCCCCCUGGCAACUUUUGAAAAAUCUUCCCGCUGUGUCUUCAGAUCAGGAUGGAGAAGUGUCCUUAAGUGUCUGCACAGAGGUGAUGUAGAUGGUGUGCAAUCACUUUCCAGUGUUUCUCUAGAUGAGUUUCUAAUUUUAUAGUAGAGAAAGGUAGACAUAUGGAACAUUAACCUUCCAGCUAAGGGCCAGACCAAACCCAUUACUUGCCUUGGUGAUGAGCUGCUCCCCUAAGUCAAGCAAAGGCAGGGGUGAGACUGCCCACCCAGCAGUGAUGGAGCUUGACCCCAGGCCCUGUGGGUUUUAUGUUGUGUAUUUAUUUAUUCAGCAGUGUAGGUUUUAAGUAAACAAGUAUUGGUAUUGACUAGCUGACUUGGAACUGGCGUUUACAUGUGUUCUGCUCUGUUGACCUGAAUGUGCAUGUUGUUGAGCACUACCCUACACCUCCUGACCUGUGUCGAGGUGCCAGAUGCUGAGCAUCUGACGUUGGUGGCAUGUUACGGGAUCCGACAGCUAAGUACCAUGUUCAGGCACCAAGUGCCUGUCCCUGAGCCCGGUGUUUCUUACUAGCGAGGCCUAUUGGAGGAUUCAGUCAGCUUGUUAGAAAUAGUGACCCCAGGCACUUUACUGAAACAGGACGGUGACUGGGGGUUAAAGCCUCUCAAUGCCUUGUGGUGACUUAGUGCUCUGUGUAACUGGUCCUUCAGCGUGGGAUGGAGCGAUGGGACUUCCAUGCUUGACAUGCACUGUUUUGCUGACACUCCAAAAAGCCACUAUACUUUAUUGGCUUUCCCAAGCAAUUAAAGAUUAAUUUAGGAUUUUAUUUUUUUAGUAGAGCAACUUGCAUUGGAAUGCUAAAUCAAUCUGAAAAAAUCUGCAUUUACUCCCCCCCCCCCCCCCCCCUUUCUCUCAUGGUCACCUACCAUUCAGGUACAAGGUCAAGUUUUGUGUUAUUCUAGAUAUACUGAAGUGUUACCUGUGGUAUUUACGAACCCUGCAGAUGUAUGGUUUCUUUUCUGUAUUAAAGUAUAAAUUAUACAUGG